AUGCAUAUUAAUGUCACUUCGAUUAAAAAACAUACGGACGAGAUAUUAGCUAGAUUUAAUAAAUAUGAUAUUUGGUCAAUAAACGAAACAAACUUAAAACCACAUCAACUUUUCUCAUUGCAAGGAUUUAAUAUUUUUCGAAACGAUCGGCAAAACAAACAAGGUGGCGGUGUUCUACUAGCUGUACGAAAAAAUAUUGAAUGUUUCGAAAUUCUUAAUGCUACAAUUGAAACUAAUGAAGCUGUUGCAGUACAAAUAGAAACAUCAUUAGGUCAACUACUCAUAGCAACAGUGUAUAUUCCACCAGCGGGAAAAAUUCAACAAAAAUUAUUUGAUGAGCUUUACCAAUUGAACAAUAACUGUCUGAUAUUAGGUGAUUUAAAUGCAGCUUUAGAAGAAAAAGGAUCACGAAAAACAAACGCAAAAGGUGUUCAAUUAAAACAAAUUUUAGAAGAAGGUUAUUUACAAUGUAUUGAUAAUAAUCUUACUACGUAUGCUAGAAAUAAUUACGAAGAAAAGAUAGACUGGAUACUUGCUACUCAACCUACGAUCCUAUUCAUUGAUGAAGUUGAAACGCAUGCUCCUUUAGGAUGCAAAGAAGAUCAUAAACCAAUAACUUUUAAUUUAUCAAUGACUGCUGAUCUAAAACCAAAAUCUCCUCGACUUACUUUCAAUUUCAAUUUAGCAAAUUGGAAUUUGUAUCGUAAAAAAUUAAAUGAAUAUUUAAACAAAAUAGAUUUAAAACAAAAAUUAGAAACAAAAGAACACAUUGAUACAUAUACUGUUGCACUCACCAAUUGUAUAGCUCUAGCAAUGAAAGAAGCAAUCCCUUUAGCAAAUGGAAAAAUCAGAAACAACAACGUGUCGGAAGUAACAAAGAAACUCAUAGAAGAAAAACACAAAGUAUAUAGGAAAUGGAGAAAAACAACAAACGAAAUAGACAAAAAACAUUAUUAUAAAAUUAGAGAAUUAGUAUCUAAUUCAAUAAGAAACGAUCGAAUAGAAAAACUAACAGCAAUUAUGUCAACGUUAAGUGCAAAGAAAAUGCAAUCUGCUGGAGUCUGGAAUACAGUAAAAAAAUUCCAUAAUAAAAGAACAAAACAAUCUUAUUCAGGACAACUUAUAUAUCAAAAUACAACAGCAAAUAAUGAUCAAGAAAAAGCUAAUGUAUUUGCAAGAUAUUUUGAAAAUGAAAUAUUCGUAAGCAAACCUGAUGAAACACCAUUUCACAAUCAGGUUAAUACACGAGCUGCAUCGAUCAAAAGAAAGAUGAAAAUGGAAACAAGCUCAAGAGAAAACAAAUUCUCACCAAUAACAGAAAAUGAAAUUAAAUGUAUUUUAAAACAACUUCCAAAUAGUGCACCGGGUCCUGAUGCAAUACACAAUAGAUCUUUAAAAAACUAUACCAAGUUACUUGUAAUUCAUCUAGCAAAGAUUUUUAAUGCAAUAGUUGGUAUGGGACACAUUCCACAAGAAUGGAAAAAAGCCAACAUCAUAUUACUACUCAAACCAAAAAAAGAAAAGAAAGUUCCAUCAAGUUAUCGCCCGAUAAGCCUACUCAGCUGUCUCGUUAGAUCAAUUAUAACCUAUGGUUGCACAAUUCUACUUAAAACAGAUAAUUCAAUAUGGAAGAGGAUGCAAAUACUACAAAAUAAAGCCUUACGAGCAGCAUUAGGACUUCCAAUGUAUACAUCAACAGAAUUUAUCCAUCUGAGAACCAAAAUUCCAAUGAUUAAAAAUUAUGCAAAAGAAAUAUUAAACAAAGCAAUAUCUCGAGCAGAAACUUAUCAAGAUAAUACAACAACUGAAAACUUAAAGAGAAUACUAUCAAUUCUACAGUACAAUGAAAACUAG